AUGACUGAAGUCCAAAAAGAAGCCCCAAAAGAAGUUCGACAAGAAGAGUUCGAUGCAGUCCACGCCUACUUCAUCGGGCCCAAGGGCUCCAACUUGCCUGAUUUUCGAGCCAACAUCAACACUAUUCUUGAUGAACUCCUCGCCGCUCGUCAGAGCUACUAUCCUCAGGAUCAGGCCUUCAUCUCCAAAGAAUACCGCCGCUCCCCAGUAUUCCUCAAAGCCCGCUCCGAUCUUCGUCUCGCAACCGAAAAAGUAGCACAACUUCUCGGUGAACACUCGGCACCGUUCUGGUCCCCUCGUUAUGAGGCGCACAUGUGCACUGACUUGACCAUGUCAUCCCAGCUCGGGUACUUCAUGACUAUGUUGUACAACCCCAACAAUGUCGCUCUCGAGGCUAGUCCUAUGACGACGCUUGUGGAGUUGAGGGUUGGACAGCAGCUUUGCAAAUUGUUUGGAUAUAAUAUUGAUCCACAAAAGAGUCCUCUUUCUUGGGGACACAUCACCUGUGAUGGAACAAUUGCCAAUUUGGAGUCUAUCUGGGUCGCCCGAAACAUCAAGUUCUACCCUCUCAGUCUGAGUCUCGCGCUCAAACGCGGAAAGCUCCAGUUCAUUGCAGACAGGUUUUACGCCACUUCAUGCUUCCACGCCACUACCAAGACCCUGUUCAAAGAUCUUCAAGGAUGGGAUCUCCUCAACCUUCCCUCCGAGGUCAUCCUUGAUCUACCAGACCAGCUCAACAAGCAGUUUGGCAUCACCAGCAAGUUUCUUGAGAGUGCUCUCCAUGAAUUCAACAUCCAGUCCAUUGGUCGCGAGGUUCUGGAGAAAGAAUUCAAGGUCAAGGAGCCAACCAAGUACUUUGUCAGCAAGACUCGUCAUUACUCGUGGCCCAAGGGUGUUGCAAUUGCCGGUCUCGGCUCUGAUAACGUUGUUGGUGUAGAAGUUAACAACAGCGCUCAGAUGAACAUCAAGACCCUCGAAGACCAUCUCCACAAGUGUGUCGAGACCAAAACCGCUGUCUUUGCAGUCGUCGCUAUCAUUGGCUCCACCGAAGAAGGCGCCGUUGACAGACUCACCGACGUUCUUCGCCUCAAGAAGAAAUUCCAAGAUGAGCACGGUUUGUCGUUUCUUGUCCAUGCCGAUGCUGCUUGGGGUGGUUACUUUGCUACAAUGCUGAACCCUGAUAGACGUUACAGCGUAGAGGAGCAGACUGACGCAAAGCCUGAGCCGGAGUGGUACUUGGAUCCCAAGACUGUCGAGGAUAUCAAGGCUAUGGCUCAGGCGGACUCGAUCACGGUUGAUCCGCACAAGGCUGGUUACAUCCCGUAUCCUGCGGGAAGCUUGGUGUAUCGUGAUGGGAGGAUGAGACAUCUUGUUACUUGGUCUGGACCAUACCUUUCGCAAGGUUCUGCUGAGAACAUUGGUGUUUAUGGUGUCGAGGGCAGGGAACCUGGUGCUUCAGCUAUGUCAGCGUGGUUCUCUAAUCAGACCAUUGGCCUCAAUCACCAGGGCUACGGUAAACUCCUCGGCGAAGCAACCUUUACCAGCGCAAGAAUCUCAGCCCACUAUGCCACCAUGGACAACGACUACUUCAUGUGCAUCCCCUUUAACAUGCUUCCAUCCGAGAAUCAAGGCAACAAGAAGUUCCUUUCCACGUCUGUCAUGAACGAGCGAAAGAAGAUUCGCGACCUCAUCAUUGGCAAGACCGACACAGAGAUCUUCAAGUCGAAGGAAGCCAUGAAGAUCAUUCGUGACUUGGGCUCUGACACCAACAUCAACUGCUUCACUCUUAACUGGAAAGAUGAGAAUGGUGUUUUGAACACUGAUCUUGAAGAGGCCAAUUACCUCAUGAAGAGAGUCGUUGACAAACUCUCCAUCACUUCUCCCAACACUGAUCCUUCUACCAUUCCCAUCUACCUCACUUCGACUCAAUUUCUGCCUGAGGACUAUGGUACUUGUGCACACAAGUUCAUGGAGAGAAUGGGUGUCAAAGAGUCUAACCAAAGCCUUUUUGUCAUCCGAAAUGUUGUCAUGAGUCCAUUCCCCACAAAGAAAGAUUUCAUCUCGACCAUCAUGAAGGACUUGGAGAAAGUCGUUAUUGAACAGGUCGAGAAGGUCAGGAAGAGAAACGAUCCCGGUGCCAAGAAACUAAAAUUCCUUGUGCAAGGUUCACCAGAUGCAUCUGAGGUGUAUCUUGUAUUUCAGGCUUCGUUUCACAGUGUGACACGAAGACAGCAGGUCAUUUUAUCUGCCGAACUUGACGAAGACUUGAAGAAGUUUUACAAUGAUAUCUUGAAGGACAGUCAGGAUACAAUCGUCAUGUUGGAGACGUGUGAUGAGUUGUAUGUUUCCAAGGUCAUUGAACGAAUCUCAGAGGGAGUUGAGUUACCAGUGUCCUUGUUUGAGAAUGGAUUACAGGAGUAUCAGAAGGAGCAGGGUGUCAUCACUCUCAAGUCUGCGAUCAAGAGUCGCCCACUCAACUCGAUCAACCGAGACAUCGAGUAUCCUGACAAGUUCAUGCCAUUUUAUCUUUACGGUUCAGAGGAUGAAUUGCACAUUACGCACACUCUUGUCAAGUCGCCCAACAUUUCACUUUCGGCCAGCAAUGUUACUUUUGAACCCCCCAUCCCAUCAUCAGUUACAAGCAACCUUCUCACUGACGGGUUAAUCCUCGGUCUCGUCCAGAUCCCCGAAGCAUCCGUGCAACCAUUUGCACAACAGAACAAAGAUCUUGAAGAAGAUUUUUUCUUUUCUAGUGGUAAGAAGUUUAAGGUUUCCAUUUGGGAGGAUCCAAAGUCUUAUGAUCAAGCUGGUCCUGGUUUGCUCAAAGACCUCGACGAUGAUUUGUACGAAGGCGUGAUGACUCUUGGCGAGAAUGUUUUCGUGGAUGCGGAGGGACCAAAUGAGGAUCAGUUGAAGGAUAUCAAGGUUGAGUCAGACGCUUGGCAGAGAAAGUUGGAUGAGAUUGGGAGCGUUUUGGAUGGAACUCACACUUGCAAGGAUUAG